AACAUCAUCCCAACCAAACUCCUUCCGACCAGGCGCGCCCAGACUGGACUCGAAGCGGUUAGGCUACCUUAUUCUAUACAUCAAAACCAAGCUUGAUUGAGCUUAAGCUCGGGCUAACUCACUAGUCUCAAACUUUAUUUUCAACUCUACUCACGCGCCGCGCGUGCUCAGUCCGCACCAUCGCGCCUCCUCCACGUGCCCCUCCUAAACAUAUCCCCGCGCCCAGCUGCCGCGCAAAAUAGCCAAGCCGCGGAGAACUCCCUCCCCGCUCCAAGGCUCCAACCCCCAGCGCGCGACGACGCGAUCACAUCAGCCAAAAACCCCAAAUCCGACGGCCACUACCGCGCACUCACCCGCUCCCCAUCGGCCACGCCGCGCGCGUCCGCAGCUUGAAUUUCAAACUGCCGAAACUCCUUCUGCACGCCAUAGAGCCACGUCGAGCCGAUCUCAAGCGAACCGGCCCGAGCCGCACGGGAGCGGAAAGAGAAUUUUGAAGAGCGGGUGAGUCCGCCACCGCCGCGCCCACCGUCCCGCCUCCUCCCUCCCGCAUCCGCACAGAUCUGUCCAUCUAUAAUACUACCCCAACGGGAAUUCCCUCCUCUCCGAAACUUGCACCACGCGAACGCAAAUCCUGCGGAAUCCUCGCUGGCAUCUCACGCAUAUCGGCGCCGGCGGCAGCGGCGGUGACGAUGUCGAUGGCUGCGUCCUCCUCUUCCGUUGCCGAGAUGGCCGCGGCCGCGGCGGCAGCGGCGGCGAUGACGUCUGCUUUGCCGCAGCAGCAGGCGCGGCCGCGGCCGAUGCUCGCAGGGGGCGGGGGCGCCAAGUGCCGCCACCACGCGUACAGCCGCAAGCAGAAGUCGCUCGGCCUCCUCUGCUCCAACUUUGUGGUUUUGUACAACCGCGAGGACGUGGAGUCCGUCGGGCUGGACGAAGCGGCCAAAAGCCUCGGCGUAGAGAGGCGCCGGAUCUACGACAUUGUCAACGUGCUCGAGAGCGUCGGGAUCCUUACGAAGAAGGCCAAGAAUCGGUACACCUGGAUAGGCUUCGACGGAGUUCCGAUGGCAUUGCGAGAACUCAAGGAGAGGGCGUUUAGAGAGAAGUCUGGCUUGGCUCCUAUGCAAACAGAGCAGCAAUCUCCUGCCAAUAUGUCGGAUGACGAAGAUGAUGAUAAGUUCGGCGAUCCGGAUGGUGACACGGAGAGCGAGAAACUGAGUCAGACUGUGGAGAAUCCUUCUAACAAACCUGGUGCACCCCAUUGCCGGCUUAGAUCUGAUCACAGGAAGGAGAAGUCACUUGGGUUGCUCACACAGAAUUUCGUGAAGCUCUUCCUUACCAUGGAGGUUGACACGAUCUCACUUGAUGAAGCUGCAAAGCUACUCCUUGGAGAAGGCCACGAGGAGACUAAUAUGAGAACUAAAGUUCGGAGAUUAUAUGACAUUGCCAAUGUGCUGUCUUCCUUGAAUCUAAUUGAGAAGAUACAGCAAGCGGACACAAGAAAGCCUGCAUUCCGUUGGUUGGGCAAGGCGGGGAAACCGAAAGCAGAAAAUGGUGUCACAGUUGCUGUACCCCCACCAGGGAAGACUGUAUUGAGCAAACGAAAAUUUGGGACUGAACUCACUAACAUUGACAUGCAUCGAACAAAUCUGGAUUCAACAAUCCAGAAGAAAGCAAAACUGACACAGAGUGGUGGUGACAUCUUGAAGAACUGCAAAUUAGCUGUGCAGAGUCAGCUCGGGCAGUGCAACAGAAGUGGUUUUGUUUAUGGACCUUUCCACCCUGCUGGUGCAAGGAAAGAGGAACAUGAGGGUAAUGAAUCUGGGCAAAGGGAGAGGGCUGAGGACUGGGAGAACCUUUCUGCUUCAUUUCGACCGCAGUACCAGAACCAAGCUCUCAGUGAUCUGUUUGCCCACUAUGUGGAAGCGUGGAAGUCGUGGUAUUCUGAAUUUGCUCAAGGCAGCAACAUCAUGCAGCGACACUUCAGUCAGUCUGCUAUUAAUCAUUUUUUGUAGGCAAAUCAUAAGCUCAAGUGCUGCAGUUAGUGCACGCUUGGGAAUUUGACUGUACAAGUUGUCAAAAGAGGGAGAAAAGCAUGGACAUGACUUGGCCUAGAGUUCGUUGUAUUUACUCAAUGCAGGAUAUCUUUUAGGCUAUUUCAGUCGAAAAAAGAGACUGAAACCCAUCUCAUUAUUAAGUCACCUCUGUGGAUUUUCCAUUGUUCA